CCCCGGACAGGAAGCUGGUCGGGGCUGGAUUGAUGGCCAUGAAUGAGCCUUCGGAGUGUUUGGGGAGGAAAAAGUCAGGCCAAAGUUUUCUACAUUUUUUAGACAUAUAAACAAACCCUUUUAGCAACAAAAAGGGGGGAAAAAACAUUCGUAGGCGGGCUCUCUUCGAGCACCUCCGGAUGGAAUCGAGCUAUUCAAAGGCCAGAAGGAUAACUGAUUAAAAAUGAGUUUAAUUGUGCAUUAAAACAGUCGGAAAGCAACGUGCCAGCCGAGAUUCAAGCUGCCGUGGGACAAACGGCGACCCCGCGGCGACAGCCCGCAGGACGGAGGAGAGGGGAACCGGGCUCGAGUUCGUGUCUGCGGCCGAACUGCGGGAGGGGGCAGUUUGUUAGACCGGAAGGUGAACACGCAGCCCGGCAGCGCGACCCGGUUCGGGUGGCUGGACUGUUGAGGCGAGACCCCGAACCGCAGGCUGGGAAUGGCGCAGGAGAGCGUGGUCCAGUACGAGCCGGUGGCGGAGAUCGGGGGAGGCGCGUACGGGACGGUGUACAAGGCGCGGGACCGGCAGAGCGGGCAGUUCGUGGCCCUGAAGAGCGUCCGGGUGCAGACGGACCAGGACGGGCUGCCGCUGUCCACGGUGCGGGAGGUGGCCCUGCUGAAGAGGCUGGAGCAGUUCGACCACCCCAACGUGGUGAAGCUGAUGGACGUGUGCGCCACUCUGCGGACGGACCAGGAGACGAAGGUCACCCUGGUGUUCGAGCACGUGGACCAGGAUCUCAAGACCUACCUGGACAAGGCGCCGCCCCCCGGCCUUCCGCCCGACAGGAUUCGGGACCUGAUGCAGCAGCUGCUGUGCGGCCUGGCCUUCCUCCACUCGAACCGCGUGCUGCACCGCGACCUCAAGCCCGAGAACAUCCUGGUGACGAGCCGCGGCCAGGUCAAGCUGGCGGACUUUGGCCUGGCGCGCAUCUACAGCUGCCACAUGGCGCUCACGCCCGUGGUGGUGACUCUGUGGUACCGCUCCCCGGAGGUUCUGCUCCAGUCGUCCUACGCCACGCCGGUUGACAUCUGGAGCACCGGCUGCAUCUUCGCCGAGAUGUUCCGCCGCAGGCCGCUGUUCUGUGGAGACUCGGACGUGGACCAGCUGGGGAAGAUUUUUGAUGUGAUUGGCCUGCCGCCGGAGGAGGAGUGGCCUGCUGAGGUCACACUGUCGCGGUGUGCCUUCAAGCCACGCGGCCCCCGCGCCAUCACAGACUGUGUGCCUGAGAUCAGCCACCAGGGGGCGAACCUGCUGCUUGAGAUGUUGACCUUUAACCCCCUGCGGCGGAUCUCUGCCCUGAACGCGCUGGAGCACCCUUACUUCCAGGAGGGGUGACCGACGAUCAGCUGGGAGACGGGGGGUGUCGUGGUGACCGGUUGGGGGGGAGGGGGCCGAGGGGACAUUAUUCUUAUCCAAGGUGGGAGUGCAGGAGACCGAGACCCUCAGUGCACAGCAGUCGGACUCGACAGACUGCAGGGGGCUCCGGUGAGCCCAGCUGGGUGCGGUGCUCCUUGUCUGUGAGCUCAUCUGCAUUUUCAUUCGAUAUAUUCGCUUUUUUUUUUUUUUUGCCUCAUGGGUUGCAGCCUUAGCAAGAUGCUCAAGUUGUUUCUACAUUCUGGUCCAGAUCCCAGUUCCUCAGGGCUUCCCCCUGUCCUGCUCUCCUCUGCCACCGGUUCUCUGCUGCAGUGAGAACUCCUCUCGGGAGAGUCUCGCCCCCUUCUGGCCCACGGUUCAAUUCAGUAAUUAAGCCUGCUCGAUAAGGUUACCUGAUUAAGAGCUGAGCUGGAUGGGAAAGCAGGAGACAGUGGGAUACUCCAGGACAUGGACACUGGCCCACCUGGCCAAACUGCUGUGCAGGGGGAGUCCUCAUGCAUCUGUCUCUGAAGGGGGGUGCAGGUCAGAGGUUCUGGGACGUCGGGAUGGUGGCGAUGGGAGAGGGACUCUCGCUGCAUGGGGGUGUCAGGGCAGUAUUGACCAUGACCACAAGUGCCCCUCAGAUUUCGCACACUGCCACCUGUUCAACUUACAGGCUGUACAAUUUAAUCAUAUAUUAUAUAUAUGUUUCUAAAGCAUUAAUAAACACAUUCAGCUCUUUUAUA